UAAUUUCCAGAACACUCAAAACAAUUUGAGUCCUUUUUGUUAUUUUUUUGUAAUUACUUUUUCGUGAACUUCUGACCCAAAAAAGAAAAAAACCCCACGAGAAAAUUCAAUAAACAGUUGCCAUCUGUGUAUUAUUUGUAUUUUUUAUUUGUUGUUUGACUAUUAUUAGUUGAAAGUUCAUAGAAGUUUUGCAGUGCAUAAUUUGAAUAAUAUAAGUUGUUCAAUGGGAGAAGUGACUAAUUCACAGCAGCAGAAGAAGAAAAUCGUGAUUGGUGAUGAUGGUUAUGUUCUAGAAGACGUUCCUCAUUUGUCUGAUUACAUUCCGAAUCUUCCUACAUAUACUAAUCCAUUGCAGCAUAAUCCUUCAUAUUCAGUCGUUAAGCAGUAUUUUGUCGAUGAGGAUGAUACAGUUGCCGAAAAGGUUGUUGUCCACAAGAACAGUCCAAGGGGAAUACAUUUUCGUCGAGCUGGUCCUUGCCAAAAAGUUUAUUUUGAGCCAGAUGAUGUUUAUGCAUGUAUUGUAACAUGUGGAGGCUUAUGUCCCGGUCUCAAUACAGUUAUCAGGGAAAUAGUAUGUGGCCUACACUACAUGUAUGGCGUAAGCAGAGUCAUGGGGAUAGAUGGAGGAUAUCGAGGUUUCUAUUCCAAAAACACGAUUCCAUUGACACCAAAGGUUGUCAAUAAUAUCCAUAAACGCGGUGGAACAAUUCUUGGGACAUCUCGAGGAGGUCAUGUUACCAAGAAAAUAGUAGAUAGCAUUCAGGACCGGGGUAUCAAUCAGGUUUAUAUAAUCGGAGGAGACGGAACCCAGAGAGGGGCUGCGGUGAUAUUUGAGGAAAUCAGAAGACGUGGUCUCAAUGUUGCAGUUGCUGGAAUCCCCAAGACAAUCGAUAAUGAUAUACCGGUAAUUGACAAGUCAUUUGGUUUUGACUCCGCCGUUGAGGAAGCCCAACGUGCUAUCAGUGCUGCUCAUGUUGAAGCUACCAGUUUUGAGAAUGGAAUUGGCCUUGUGAAGUUAAUGGGACGGGAUAGUGGGUUCAUCGCGAUGUAUGCUACUCUUGCUAGUCGAGAUGUUGACUGCUGUUUGAUUCCAGAAUCCCCUUUCUAUCUUGAAGGAAGCGGUGGACUGUUUGAGUAUAUCGAACAUAGGCUCAAAGACAAUGGACAUAUGGUUAUAGUCAUAGCUGAAGGUGCUGGACAAGAGCUAGUUUCCCAGAGUUUGAAAUCCACUGAUCCUUCAGGGAAUAAACUUUUACAAGAUGUUGGCUUAUGGAUCUCGGAAAGGAUAAAGGAGCAUUUCUCGAAACAAAAGAAGAUGCUCAUUAAUCUUAAAUACAUAGAUCCCACAUACAUGAUUCGGGCUAUUCCGAGUAAUGCAUCUGACAAUGUGUAUUGCACUCUUCUAGCGCAAAGCGCUGUACAUGGAGCAAUGGCUGGCUACACAGGCUUCACGGUUGGUCCUGUCAAUAACAGAAAUGCUUACAUACCCUUUAAUAGAAUCAUUGAGAAACAAAACAAGGUUGUGAUUACAGACAGGAUGUGGGCGAGACUUCUAUCUUCAACGAAUCAACCUAGCUUCUUGAGAACGAGAGUCGAUAUAAUUAAAGCAAACAAGGACGAAGAACCACCUACUCAAUUAUCAGACGAUGCAACGACAGAUGAUAAUUUGAUGGAGAAACAAAUCCUUGCUAAGUAACUUUUUGAACAUUAUACAUAUAUAUAUAUGGUAUCUUGCAACAAUAGUAGACAUAUUGUGACAGAAUCCUAUAGUUCUGUAAUCUCAAUGUGUGAGUAUAACCAAACUUUGGUGAGUUUUACACGGUGUAUUUUGUGACUCUAAAUAAUGUUAUACAUCAAUGCAAUAAUUAACAAAAGAA